UUGGGGGCUAUUUAGCUCCUCUCCCGUCGGUAACCGGAGGAUGAAACGUUCCUAUCGCCCGCCUGCAAUAGGCAGGGCCGUGGUGGAGCUGUAAGAGCCUWUGCGGUYACUGAAAUACUGAUGGCGGCUCGGCGCGCGCUCAAGGCCGUCCUGGUGGAUCUCAGCGGCACCCUGCACGUUGAAGACUCGGCUGUGCCAGGCGCACAGGAAGCGCUUAAAAGGCUCCGGGGUGCCCCAGUCACCAUCCGGUUCGUGACCAACACAACAAAGGAGUGCAAGAGAGACCUGCUGGAGAGGCUGACAAAACUGGGCUUUGACAUUGCCGAAAAUGAGAUCUUCACAUCCCUGACAGCAGCCAGAAAUCUCCUGGAGCAAAAGCAGGUGCGGCCGCUUCUCCUGGUGGAUGAUAAGGCCUUGCCUGAUUUCACAGGGAUAGCCACUAAUGACCCUAAUGCGGUGGUAGUAGGACUGGCUCCCGAGCACUUUAACUAUGAGAUGAUGAAUAGGGCAUUCCGGUUGGUGCUGGAUGGAGCCCCUCUUAUAGCUAUACAUAAAGCCAGGUACUUCAAGAAGAAGAGCGGCUUGGCCCUGGGCCCUGGGCCCUUUGUGGCGGGCCUGGAGUACGCGACGGACGCCAAAGCGACAGUGGUGGGGAAGCCGGAGAGGACCUUCUUCUUGGAGGCGCUGCGGGGCACCGGCUGUGCCCCCGAGGAGGCUCUCAUGAUCGGUGACGACUGCCGGGAUGACGUGGCRGGAGCGCAGGGCGCCGGCAUGCGUGGCAUCCUCGUGAGGACGGGUAAAUACCGAGCAGCAGAUGAAGACAAAAUCAAUCCGGCUCCUUACUUAACCUGUGAGGAUUUCCCUGAGGCUGUGGAACACAUCCUAAAGCAUCUGCUCUGAGAAGGGGAGCAGAGAGUGCCAAGAAACUUCUGUUUCACAGUUUCCUUUGUUCUUCCUUCAAAACGGAAGGCCCCAGGAUCAGUGCAUGAAACCCGGCCCCGAGGUGCCCCGCAGGUCACAGCAAAGCCCUUGUGCUGCAGGAGUUGCAUGGGGAUGUAGUUAGAGACCGCAGGGCUCUGCAGUCCAUUGAUUAUUGACUAUGAUCAGUAGAGCUUGUGAACGAUUAGGGGAUGUGGCACACAGUUCUGCUUGUCUUUAGCAUUCAAGAAAUAGCUGAUUAAAACCCAGUCUAAAGAGUCACCUUCCCGGGCCAGACCAGCUGUGCUGCCAAUGCUACUGGAGCCACGUGAGUCACUAAAGCAGAAGCCCUAACGGAGCCCCUGGUGGCCUCGGGGAAGGAGCCAGGCCCCUUCCRUGCCUUGCUCCUCACCCGUAGCUCUGCUGCAGGCUAAAGGUAGAGAUUAGGCACAGCUAGGAGGGACUUUAAACUUAUUAUUAAUAGUAAAUGCUGCUCAUACCUUUCUCCUCCUUAGAACAGACACUGGUUUUUGAUUUUCAGAUUUUGUGUGAAAUUAAAACUUACAAAAUUUUCAGCUGUUUCAACUACACACUGUUAUUAAAUGGUAUUAAAAUCAGGUAUUAAAAGGCUUAGAGACUGUGAAUGUUUGAAGUUAGACUUCAGGGUCUUAUUAAUGCUUCAGUUGCAAAAUUCACUAUUCUUGAGCUUUUGUUUCUUUCUAAUGUUAAAGGGAAAACUAAAUCUUUACAAGCCAUGGGGACAGAUUUGGGGUUUUAUGCAGUUGGUUAGUAGAGCUAUAAAAUGAAAUUUAAUUCUGCAGUACGCGUUGCUUUCCCUCCAUGUGUUAAAUACACCAAUACGAGCCAACUUUGUAAUGAUGGUAAAUAGCUUUUCUGGUCCAUUUGCAGACUGCAAUAAUCAAAGUCCUUUACAUUUGUUUUACAGUGCUCCUGAGUGUUAAAUUAUCAGCCUGUAAUUAGACAUUGCUGCAGCAUUAACCUUAUUGAAAAUAUAGUUUUGGGGUAAUGAGCCAUGGGAAACCCAUCCUGAGGAACGAGGGGGACACCCUCUGUAAAUGGAAGAUUGUCAGUGUGGAAUCUCAUCUUAAGUGUGGUUACCCUUAACACUUAAAUUUAGUGUCUGGCAAAACAUGUGUGGAUGCAGCAGGCUCUGCAGUAGAAAUGCAAGAAACAAACAGAAAACUCAGAAAAUAAGGGUCAUUUUUCAGCUGUUGUGUUAUAUCAUGUAAAAUAACAUCUCCGCUUAGCACUAUUAGGUGUGUAAUGAUSAGCUGAAUGUCAUCUGUGUUACAAAUGUGCUGCGCCCCUCUCGGGGUGCGUUAGGAACRUGGAGCUGCUGUCACACACCCCCAAAAAAGAGAAAUCAAGAGACUA